AACGGUCGACUCGUUUCGACUCACACGAUGUGUGUCGCUCGAUUGGCCAGAGAGUGUCAAGCCGUGAAGCAAAUGCUGUCGGCGCUUCGCGUUGAGCUUUGGGCUCAAAGAUAUUUGCCGGUCAACCUCUGAUUCCGCGGCGCUGAUGACGCCCUCGUGGCUCUCGCAUCUCAUGCACCUCAUCGGUCAAGAAUCAAGCGGCUAUGAAAACCUUGCACCCAUCAAAGCAGGGCCGCCAGGUGAGGAGUGCGAGACUCUGGAGGACUUGCACAACUAUGUCUCCAAAAGGCAGAAUGCGGCUCAGGAGUUCAACGUUCUUGAAGCCGAAAUCGAGGAGUACUAUAAGGAUCGUUAUGAGGGCGACCCCCACUUCGUGUGCAUCUCUGCACUGCAGGAGUUGUUCAUCAAGAACAAAUGGAUGGAGAAUCCAAAGGGUAGGAAAGAUGAGAAGGAUGAGAGGGAUGACAUGAAGAUGAGAGUGCAAGAAGAGUGGUAUCACAAGUACUUGAAAGUCUUGUUUGCCGCCUUGAAUGUGUUCCUUGGGACAAUCAUUCAACUAGGUUUGCUCAUCGGCGUUGGAUCCGAACACUUUUGGGCUGAUGCCGACAAAGAGAUCAGCACACGCUUCUUCUUGUUUGUAUGCGGAUGUGCAAGCCUUGCCUUUGUGGCUCAAGCUUCCACAGAGUUUCGAGAAUGUUGGGACAUGAAUGUUGUAAUCCUCACUGGAAAUCUCCAAUGCCGACUUGCUUGCUGGGUCCUUGUAUUGCUCCCGAAAUUUGCCUUCGCCUUUGCCUUCAACUUUUGUGCACCACUCUUAUUUUUGGAUGCCACUCAGAAGACUGACAUCAUUUUGAAUUGCACAGGCUUACUCUUCAUGCUUCAAGUCGACAACGACUUCUUCAAGGCUUACGGAGGCAAGCUGCACGAACAGGACUUGAAAGCCCUCGUGAGCCGAGUGAGGCACGAGAACUAUCCGGUAUCAAAAGCCUACAUGGACCCCAAGACAGAGAACAAGAAGCUCCAGUACGCGAAGGAACAUGAGUGUUCAAGAAUUUGGCGCACCGUCCUGAGCACCUGUUUGUCAACAGGGAUUGCCUUUUCAGGCUUUUGUUGGUUUAAAUAUUUUGUUUUCCAGAAGAAGGUAAGCCAGGGUAAUUAACCUUUUAAGUGUGCCCUUCUGCCAACACUUUGCUUGCGUUGGGCCAAGCUGGAAAUGCUUCAGACACAUGC